AAAGGGGCCGGCGGGAGGUAGGAAACCUUCCUGCAAGUGCGAGCCAACCGGCAGACCCGACUGAAUGCUCGGACUGGGAAAAUGAAACGAAGGAAGCAAGAUGAAGGGCAGAGGGAAGGCUCCUGCAUGGCUGAGGAUGAUGCCGUGGACAUCGAGCAUGAAAACAGCAACCGCUUUGAGGAGUAUGAGUGGUGUGGGCAGAAGCGGAUACAGGCUACCACUCUCCUAUAAGGUGGUUUCUGAGGCUCUGGCUUCCUCAUGUGCAGCGGCAAAGAGAACCCGGACAGUGAUGCUGACUUGGAUGUGGAUGAGGAUGACACUCUGGAGUAUGGGAAGCCACAAUACACGGAGGCUGAUGUCAUCCACUGCACAGGCGAAGAGCCUGGUGAAGCUAAGGAGAGAGAGGCACUCCGGAGUGCAGUCCUAAAUGGUGGCCCUCCUGGCACCCGCAUCACACCUGAGUUCUCUAAGUGGGCCAGUGACAAGAUGCCAUCCACCAGCAAUGGUGAAAGCAGCAAGCAGGAGGCCAUGCAGAAGACAUGCAAGAACAGCGACAUCAAGAAAAUCACUGAAGAUUCAGCUGUGACCACGUUUGAGGCCCUGAAGGCUCGGGUCAGGGAGCUUGAACGGCAGCUAUCUCAGGGGGACCGAUACAAAUGCCUCAUCUGCAUGGACUCAUACUCGAUGCCCCUAACGUCAAUCCAGUGUUGGCAUGUGCACUGUGAGGAAUGCUGGCUGCGAACCCUGGGUGCCAAGAAGCUGUGCCCUCAGGGCAACACCAUCACAGCGCCUGGAGACCUUCGGAGGAUCUACUUGUGAGCUAGCCACCCAGGCAGGCCUGGCCUCAAGCAGCCUCACCUGCCCCCAGCCUCUGUGACAGUGACCCUCUCCCCUUGUACAUACUUGCACACAGAUUCCCCAUGUACAUACAUUCACAUGCGCACACAGAAGCAUACACACACACAUAGGACUCUGAAACCAGAGUGGAGGCUGAGGCCCAGACCCUGCCUGCUAGC